AACAUCUCAGUGCAGCCAAAUGAAAUAGGAAAUGAAAAGGCAAAAUACUUGUUUCUCCGGGAAAGUAUAACGGGGAAGUACCAUUGGCGCGCGGGCCAAAUUGACCGUCACAACAAAACUUUUUGCUCUAUACUACUCUCGCAGGAAAUAUUAGUUUUUUUUUUCCCAGUUAGAAUAAAAUUGAAGAUGAAGUUCCGAGCAAAAAUUAUUGAUGUUGGUUGUCUUAAUCAUUUCACACGUGUGGUGAAUACCAUCUCUAAACUAACGAAGACAUGCAUCCUGCGACUAACUCCACACAACCUAUAUUUUGUACUGUCUGGUAAGGUAGCCAGCGGAGGAGUCGGCAUGUGGUGUGAAUUAUCUCAGGCCAACUUCUUUGAUGAGUAUCAGCUGGAAGGUGUGGCGCCCGACACUAAUGAGAUCUGCCUAGAGGUGACCCCUGAGAACCUGUCCAGGGCUCUGAGAACCUCUCAGAAUGCCAAGUGUGUGAAGAUCAAGCUAACCAAGAAGCACUGUCCUUGUCUCACUCUCGCUGCAGACCUGCCGACACUUUCCAGCAUCAGUCGAGUUGUCACCCAUGACAUCCCGGUGGACGUGAUACCCAGAAGGCUUUGGCAUGACUUCAAAGAGCCCAGCAUGCCAGACUUUGACGUGAGCAUAUAUUUGCCUCCACUGAAGACUAUGAAAAAUGUUGUGGAUCGAAUGAAGAAUCUUUCUAACUUUCUGGUGAUGGAGGCCAACCUGAAUGGAGAGAUGAACCUGAAGAUUGAAACCGACUUGGUGUCUGUCACCACCCACUUCAAAGACCUGGGAAAUCCUCCUUGGGGUGACGAUGGUUCCCAAGGGCGCAGUCAGAGCAGGGACCCUGAGGUCAUGGCCCACACCCGCGUGGACAUCCGCAAGCUGCAGCAGUUCCUCAUGGGCCAGCAGGUCAACCCUAGCAAGGCCAUGUGCAAUAUUGUCCACAAGAGGAUCAUUCAUUUGAUUCUGCUGCACGAAGACGUGUCUCUGCAGUACUUCAUCCCAGCGGUGGCCUAACAAGACAAACGUUGUCUAUCACAAAAGUCAGCUGAGAAGGUGGAGUUUGUUUUCUUUAGGAUCAAAGGUUGACCAUCCCUCCUACUGGAGAGCUACUGUGUAGGCAUGCUUUUGCUCCAACCCCAUCGUAACACACCUCAUUCAGCUAAUCAAGGUUCUAAUGAGCAGUAGAAUCAGGUGGUGUGCUAGUUAAGGGUUGGAGAGAAAGCUUGCAGGAGCGUAGCUGUCCAGGAGGAGGAAUGGGCGAUCCUAGACUACACAUUCAUUUGAGAAGUGCUGGUUGAUUUUAAGAUGACAUGAAAAGGUGUGAAAAGCUUGUAAAUCAACACUGCUGUCAUGCACUUCCAAAAUAAUAACUUUGUGAUUACAUAUUCUAAGUGGAAGCUCAUGAAUUUCAUCUUUAAAAUGUAAAUGGUGUACUCUUAGACCUGGAACAAAGUUUGUAUAUUAUAGUUUAGUAUUUUAUUUAAUAUGCUUACAAACCUCAAGGCCUUAAAUGUAUUGUCUAUGUAUGUUGCUACAGUAUUGUUUUACUGUACAUAGUUUAAUAAUUCCACUCAAGAUGUGGCUGCCUUUAUGGAUUAUAUGUACUAUAUGUAUUGUUGAUAAAACAUUUUUUUAUUGUAGAUCACUUGUUAUUUGUAGUGAAGAAAUGUGUUCAGGUCAUUGUAUAUAGGAAUAUAGAGGCAGAUUGAAGGAUAAGGACACUUUGGAAAUCUUAAAUGACCCCUUGCAAAAGAUACGCUACCAGUCUGUACAAUGCAUGUUAUCUUGUAAUAGUAUAGGCAUAGUUUGUCAGUUGAUAGGUUGUGUUCGAUAGUGCAACAAAUUAAAUCUCCACAGAUAUUAUUAUGCAAAGGAAAUAAUUUGUAUAGCUUU